GUAGGAUAACACUAAAGUUGUCGCCUCGCCGUUGCCGGAACGCUGACGUCAGUAAUUUUAGUAUUUUACAUUUUGCGAAUGGAAAUAGUUUUCUAAAAUUUAUACAAAUAACCCCUAUCCUUGAGGCGACACAUUAUCUUUGUGUACAAUCGAAAAUGGCAUCAGCGCCGGAGACAAAAUUACCGGAGACCGACAGUCUAGAAGCGGGUUCCAGUUUCUUUGAAGAGUUCUACAGUCCCGUAAAUUUGAUUAUAAUUGCUAUAAUCUUUGUGUUGGUGUAUAAAAUAUACUCAAAGUUCACAAAGGUGCCUGCAGAAUCACCGGCGGUGGAGUUGCCAAAAAUUCGUAAGGAUAUGACAGUUGCAGAGCUGCGUCAAUAUGAUGGGAGCCAGCCUGACGGCAGGGUGCUGGUGGCGGUCAACGGGUGGAUAUUCGACGCCACGCGAGGGCGCCGCUUCUACGGGCCCGGUGGACCUUAUGCAGCAUUUGGAGGGAAAGAUGCCUCAAGAGGUUUAGCCACAUUCUCUGUGACAUCAUCAGAUAAGGAGUAUGAUGACCUCAGUGACCUCAACUCUAUGGAAAUGGAAUCUGUGAAGGAGUGGGAGGCACAAUUCAGAGAGAAGUACGACCUCGUAGGGAGGUUAUUGAAGCCUGGCGAGGAGCCUAUAAACUAUUCAGACGAGGAACCCGAGGACACGGACACGUCCACGCCGACCCCAGUCGAAGACAAGAAGGAACAAUAAGAUUACACCACACCAUUCAAAUUGUUCGGAAGCAAUCAAAUGUGCUCUUCGUAACGUUUAGAACAUACGGUAAGAAGCUAACUCAAAAAUUAAGGCUUAACUCUCCAACUUAAAUAUUUAGAUUGCAUUCUUUACUAGUCCAGAAACGCUUGUUUAUAGCCUUUUUAUUUAGUUCGGUCACCACACAUGACCGAUUUCGAGAACUGCCCGGAAAAUACCAUUCUUAAUUUUGAUACUGCACUUGCAUGCAGACAUCACAUUAGACGUUAAGAAUAAGAAUACUCGAGUUCGUCAUGAGAUCAUUUGCUACAGGAAGUAAAAUUAUACAAUGUCUUAAAAACAGACUUGAAUUUAUUACCUAUAAGUUCUAUAAUAUAUGUAUAAAGUCAAGUUAAUAUACUCAUAGCUAAAUAUUUAAAAUCAUAGUGUUGCAUCAUAUUGAUGCGUCGUCCAAAACUUAUAGUCGAAAUCCCCUGUCUAAGUUACUAUCCCCUUCAUAUUCUAGAUGUAAAUUAUCGACAUUUGAUUGCUACUAACAAUUUCGAACCUUGCAGGUUGACUCGAUGAAGCUAUGGGUUCUAAUUCUUCGAAAUAAAUUAUAUGACGGCAUAUAAUACUUAUUUAAACUUAGUGGUGAUAUAAUGUGAUUGUAUCGGAAACUUUACUUACUAAAUUAUAUCCUGUUCAAUAUAUUAGACACGUUUUGUACAUAAACAUUUAGAUCUGAAAUGUGAAAUGGCAAUAUUGGCUGUUAAGAAUUAAAAAUCAUAGCUUCCGUCAAACAACAAACAAUCCCUUGUGAAUGAGUAAGUGAUUUUACUGUAUAUAUGAAAUCUAUUGUAUCAUUUUCACUUAUAACUGUUGCUUAUUGCAGAUUUUUGAAUAUAUUAUUAUAUAUUUACAGUUUCACGAAUUGAAAGACUGAGUGAUGGCAUAUUAAUUUAAACGAAUGAUGUAAAGGAAAUCUAAUCAUUUAUUGCACAUUCCCAACAUUAUUUGGACAGCAAAUUGUUUUAUUUUGUGCCAACCGAUGUUGAAGAUGCUGCGUGAGCGCAGAUAUGCCAUUAGUAUUUAAAUUAAUAUUAUAGCCGCGGACGACGAGCGGCUGAGAUAAGUUUGUUUUACGAGUUGAUAAAUUUAUUGAUGCAUGUCGAUCUUACAUAAGUUUUAUGAUAAAAGGUUGCCUAUAGAACGUUCGAUAUUAACUAAUUAAUCAAUGAUUAUGUCGAUCGAUGAAUAUUGACUCAUUCUUCGUAGGCAUCCUAGAUAAAAUUAUUUUAUUUUUAUCUUCUUGAAGCUGUUCUUUAACAUUUCUUUAAACAGCUGCUAUCCAUGUGAAUAAUUUUAAUUAAAUGCGAUAUGAAACACACGAGAAAUUCAAAAUUUUAAAGACUUAAUUCUUCUUAAUUUAUUUUCCUAUUGUUUGUGCAUUUAUAUAUUUUGUAAUAAAACGUGCGUGUUAUGGGCUGUCCAACUACUAUUGAACGUUUAUAGUGUCGCAUACAUAUUAAUUUACAAGUUAUAGAAAAAUCUCGGCCAGUACGCUUAACAGCGCUGGAUUCAUUUAAAAUUUAGAGCUGGCCAUUUAAAUAUAUUUUUACGAAAAGAGCGAUCAUAAGGCGUUCAAUAGUUGCUGGCUUGAGUUUUAAAUAUUGGCCGAGCUACAGCGACAAUUGCGAUCCUAACUGGACCCCACCUGAUAUUCGGUACUUAUUUAUAAAUUAUGUGUUGCAAGCUAAGAAAAAAAUACAAAAAAUAAAUAAGGAAAUGUGCAUAAUAUGUGUAAUUAAGAAUCUAAUUAAAUGAAAUACUAAUUCGUGGUAAAAUGACGUGUGUGUGGUUAUUAGUUCGUUCCUUUAGUGUCGACAGCGAUGUGAUAUUUUGGGCAACAUCAUUUUGUUUUUUAAAUAAAUUAAUUAACUGUCACAUACCCCAUUUGCAUUCAUUAUGUUUAACUAACGACGCCUUCUAUUUACUAAAGUACAAAUAACAUGGUUUGCCUCAAAUAUCUUUUCGCUUAUAAAUUAUUUGUUGUAAUCAUACUUGUUCAUUGUUUUUAAUUAGUUUGUUUUAGUUUUAAGAUCAUCUGGUGUAUGAAUUAUAUUGGAAUGGGAUUAUGGUAAUUAUUGUUAUACCUAAAUAUGCGAUUCAGAAAUGCUUAGGAAUUAGGACGUAAAAGGUAAAGAAAUGAGGCUUAUUUGCUUUGCCAAAGAUUUUAGAAAUAUGACAUAACAAGCUUUGUUAUUAACAUGAAUUAUUUAGUGAGUCUAUGUAUAUUUUUAUAAAUUUUAAUCUUCAGAUAAAUGUCUUGUCAUUUAAAUAAAACUAACCUUGGUUACAUUGGAGCACGCGAAAUAACGCUCAAAGCGACGCUAAUAAAAAAAAUAUUAACAUGAAUAACAAUGUCAUAUUUCCAAAGCAUUUUUGAAACGUAUAAAUAUGCAGUAGUGUAAUGAAUUUUUGCUACUUAAAACUGAACAAGCUUUAUCUUUGUUUUUGUUAAGCCUUCAUUUUAUAAUUGGAGCUUUAUGUGCUGAGAAUGGUUAAGAGAUUGCAUUUAAGAAGUUAUGACUAUAUGGAGAAAUAUAUUUGUACCUAUAGGAGACUGCUUGUAAACCUUGAAAUAAAGCUAUAUUUUUGUAAAAAAGAGAUGUGUAUAAUAGUUCUGUCUAUGUAAAUUAUAGUUAAUCUAUUCAGACCAAAAGUGUAUAAACUCAGUGAAAUGACACAUAUAUUGGAGGAAAUUAUGUAUCCGAUGCUUAGGCGAUAGUGGUGCCAUCUAUACUUUGCUAUCUUAGUAAAAAUAUGUGAAUAAAUAUUGCUUGGUUUAUGAACAGUCUCGUAAGAUUAUUAUCUAAAUUACGAACUGCCUUCAGGCCUAACGAGAUGACACGGCAUGUUGCUACCAACGUUUACAAAAUAUACAUACAUUGCAUGUUAUGAUCUCACUGAAGACUGCCCGUUCAGUUGCUGAUGACCGGUGAAAGCUGAUAGCAACAAGUUUGCGAGAACCACAUCUUUGGGCCUUAUUAUAAGAAUGGAUGUUAACAUGUCGGCGAAGUUUGGGAGAUCCGUCGCAUUUAAUUUGGUCCCAAACGAGGAAAUAUAGUUGUGAAAGUAUAUUGCGAGGAGUGAUAAGCUAAAGAAUCGUUUUAUGGCUAGUUUAAAAUCUUAGUGUUGGUGGAAGUUAUUCCUAUAUCGUUUUAGAGUUAAAUGUGGAGUAUAUUGAUGUACAGCACUGCAAGAUGUUACUAAUAACUAAAAAUACAUAAAAAUGUUUAUUUUAACAUUGUCACAUGAAUUUAAUUAAAGCGUUUUACAUAA